CAAUAAAUAAAAAUGUGGUAAAUACUGUAUGCCUAUUUACAUAAAUAUUAAAAUCUUGUGUACAUAUAAAAUAUCACUAACAUAUAUAGUAUUUCUUUGAGUGGAAAAACGUCCGGUUGGCUGUGUCUUUUCCAGUCGAAUACGCGUUCAAGAAUCUAUAGGUCACAGGCUUAUCCUCCAAUGGUAUAAUUGUUUUAGUAUGACGAGUAUUCUAGACAUGGUCUGAGAAUCACUAUGUUGAAUUCAGAAGUUCCGGACACAGAAAGUGAAGCGGAUAGCUUUGUUUUCGCAGAAUAUGAAGACUCGACAGAUCUUCGACAAUACACCCACUUGGGCCGGCCAGGGGGGUACUCGCGCUCACCUAAUAUAACCGCGGGAGUAGAUGACGGUGUUUCCAGUGAUCGCAAUGUGAGCUCUUGUGCUGGUUGUGGUGAGGGGUUGAAGCUUGAUGUUUCCCCACACUGGAUGUGUAUGUCACCUGAGAGUACGCAACGCUUGAGGAACAGAGCUCUCGAUUUACCUCAAUUCAGGGACCUAGUAUAUAAUCCUUGGGCGGAUACGAGUGAGGAGGGUGUGCUGAAAAUAGACGUUGAGCCACCGGCCACCUCACUUCUGAAACCUCAAGUGCACUGGCAGCAAGAUGUGAAACAUGCGGGGACGGUUCCCGAGGGUUCGUUAUCCAUGCAUGUGAUCGCCCCCGCUGUCCUUCAUCAGAACGUGCACAUGACAUUUAGACUGAGGAAUCAGAACGAUUUGAACGCAUCUUUGAGGAUUUGCGAUACCUUCGGAUCUGGAUUUGAUCUGACAUUGAAAUCGACAACUUGUCUGGAUAAUGGUGAAUCGACGAAUGUGGCACUGGGAGACUUCCACAGACGGCAGAACAGGUACACUGCAGCGAUUGAAAGCUCCAAGAACGGUCCUGUGCUAGAGGGAUCUAUAACACACUACAAUAACAAGGGCAUAGUGGUAGGUAUGAGUCUUAGACUCACACCCCAACCGAACACUACGGUCGCACACGCCGGCUGUAGGACGACACUCUUCCGGGGAGUUCAUGUGACCGCACAUGCACGAAAAACAAUAGACUGGGGAUCGACGACCGCUACAACCAAUAAGGGAUUGAUGACUCAUCCACGUGUGGAAGUGGGAGCGGAGUGGAUGUCAGCUUUGGAAAGGAAGAUUGGUUCUUUUACUAAGGGUCAUAUCGGUGGUGUGGUUGAUGCUGAAGAGGGGUCUCAAAUAGCGGUCAAUGCUAUUCAUUUUUUCAGGACCGGGCUCGGAGUACGGGGUCGGAUUGUGUCAGACUUGUCAUACAGCAGUAUCUAUAUGACCCUGGGUGUCGCGUGCCAGGUGCGCCGAGGACUGGAUGUGACGUGGGAUGCCACUCUCAACGCAUUGGCUAUGACUCAGGACAUGUCGCGCAUGUCUUUAGGUAUUCGAAUGUACUCGUGAACUUGUCACACUUUGAAAUGAAAAUAAAUAGAAUCACUGUAGUGUUAUAGCCUUCUAUUUUGUAAAACGAAAAAUACCUUUCUAUUUCUAUUAAUAAAAAUCGACAGUGAUGACGUGUGUAAUAUUUUUAUCAUACAGUC